AUGUCUGCUGCCACCGUCACCCGUGCUGCUGCCAGCACUGUCCGCAGACCUGUUUCCUUCUACACUCAAGUCCGGAGAAUGGGCCGCGUAUUUGAGAGCCACCCAUACGAGAGAUUCGCGGUCACCAUGAAGGCUGCAAGGCCAGACUAUGUCAAGAACCUUACUUGGACUGCUGGCAAGGUUGUCACUUAUUUCCCCAUCUUCGGCGCCAUGCUUGGUUGGCCCGUCCUUUGCAAGUGGGCUUUGGACGGACAGAUCGGUCGCCUGUAA